UUUGCAGCACUCGAACGCAAGGCGAGAUGGAAUACAGUGCUGUGAAAGUUUUCUUCCUCACCCUAUUGCUGACCAAUAAAGGUCCUAUAAGAGCUCAGUCCCAGCAGGCGAUCGAAGACAAUGAAAGCUGGACGACGAAUGCUUGCAAAUGCAACUGUGAUGCAGACGAGUCCAGCACCGAGAAGACUUCUAUCUUAUCUGGCUCAGGCUGGGUCCAAGAAAUGCAAUGUAUGCCAGAAUGCCCAUAUCACAGACCCCUGGGCUUUGAGGCUGGAUCGAUUACUUCUGACCAGAUCAGCUGCUCUAAUCAAGAUCAGUACACGGGUUGGUUCUCCUCAUGGAUUCCCAGCAAGGCCAGGCUUAACAACCAGGGGUUUGGAUGUGCCUGGUUGUCGAAGUACCAGGACACCAACCAGUGGCUGCAGAUUGACCUGAAGGAGGUGAAAGUGGUGUCUGGGAUCAUUACACAAGGACGCUGCGAUGCGGAAGAGUGGAUCACCAAAUACAGUGUGCAGUACCGCACCAAUGAGAACCUCAACUGGAUCUACUACAAAGAUCAGACAGGGAACAACAGGGUGUUUUACGGUAAUUCUGAUCGCUCCUCUUCGGUCCAGAACCUGCUGCGUCCUCCCAUUGUGACACGCUACCUCCGAAUCCUCCCUCUGGGCUGGCACACACGCAUCGCUAUCCGCAUGGAGCUUCUGCUCUGCAUGAAGAAGUGCAUCUAAUGGGACACACUGCCCCAGUUUACUUUCCAUAUGUGGCAGUCUGACCCUAUUUCUUUACAUCAAUAGAUGUGUGUUUAACCUACAGUACAGCAUCGUCAUCUUUCUUAGAGACAUACUAUAUUCUAUAUUACCUUGUGUAUUAUUAUUGUAUGAGUAAGUUCCUAAGUAUCUAAUAAGAAAGGGUGGAGGGGGAUUUGUGGUAUUGUCACUAUAUCUGUGUUUAAAUGUGUAAUUUAUCCUCUUGUUUGUGAUAUAGAGAAAGACUGCCAACCCACAGGAGGUCAAAUAUCUUGUAAGAAAAAGAAAUAUAUUAAUUAUACUCCUGUUUACUUUAGACAGCACUAAGAAAAAAACACCAAACCAACAAUGCAGUUCGGUUAGUAAUGUUAUUAAUGUUAUUUAUUCAUGAUUUUCACUGGAGUCUGAAGAGAUGUGGAAACAGUAAAUAUGUUUACUGUAUAUUGAAAUAUUUGUUAGCUGUGAUUAAUGGUGAAUUUAUUCGGUGUGAAGUAUUAGCUUGGAGUAUUAGCAGCGUUCCAUCUAAUUCCCAAAAGCAUGUGUAGGUAGGCUGCUAUUGAGUCCUAAUAUAUUUUACCAUUUUAUGUUAACUGACUAUAUUUUACUAAUUAAUUUUUUUGGUUGUUUAUGGCUAAUGCCCGGUAAGGCUAAUCCUCAAUUCAAGGACUUUCUACUAGCCAUAACUGGAACUAGCCAUAGUAACAACUAGCAUUAAUUGGCUAUCAUCAGAAGGACUGGAGGCAAAAGGAUGGAUGGAUGGAUUCCUCAAUUAAACACUGUGUUGGACUUUGUCUUAUAGAGCAGUGUUUUAUUAUAUUAUUACAGAAAACUGUCAACAGCUUUGUAGGCAGCACAAACAGCAGGACAAAUUUAUAAUCCCACUUCCGGCUAGAUCAGUGUUACUCAUUGCGCGGCUCGCGAGCCUCCUGCGGCUCGCCAAGCUUUAAUAUGCGGCUCGCAUGGCAGUAAAUAAUACGAUAUGAUCAUAUGGUUAAAAUGUAUUUUUCAUUUAAAUAACAUUAAAAACAAUCAGGGAAGCAAAGAAAAACGAAUGUGCUCUAUUACAAAUAAUAAUAUAUAUUUAUAUAUAUAUUAUUUGACUCGUUCUGCGCAAUAGCCAGUUUUUGGCGGCGUGACAGAAGCUAGUUUGUGUUUCAUGCUAGUUAACAACUUGUGUUUACUGUACACACACGGAUUAAAAAAUGGAUCGAUUUCUUAUCAAACAAUCCCGCGCACAAAAUAACAGCAACAAAGCAAUGUGACAGUGAUAAAAGAGGUAACUGAUGGGGAGCAUGCGUCAUCCGCAACUCGAGAGAAUUUAGAAUUUUUAGAAUAUUACUCAAGUAAAAGUCUUAAAGUACCUGAUAUUUACUGUACUUAAGUAUCAAAAGUAAUUUUCUGAUAUUUAAUGUACUUAAGUAUUUGAAGUAAAAGUAAAAAGUAAAAUUUCAGUGAUUUUUCGGUAGGCAUAAGAGCAGGGGCGGUUCUAGGGUUUCAUCUUUAGGGGGUUUUAGCCCUCAGUGAGAAUUUUAUAUUAUAUAUUAUAUGACUACAUUUUAAGCCAAAAGUUUAAGGGAUUAUUAAAUGGCAAAGUGGACACCAAAAUUUUAUGCAUGAUGUACUGAUGCCAGUCUUGAAUCAAAUCAGUUCAUGUAUGUGUGCAUUCUCUACAAACAGUGUGUCCAAUGAAUGCAGUCAUUAAUAAAAAUAUUCACAAGACAAAGACCAAAUCAUUAAAUGUUAUUUUUAUUUAGCAUUGAAUGGAUUGUUUGCAUUAAUAUUUUGUUUGUGCUACAACUCUGGUAAUAAGAAUAGUGAAAUUUCACUGCUUUUGGUUGCCG